UCCCGGUAGAAGGGAAUCAAACAUAUCAACACAAGUGAAAGACAAGCUGCCAGAAGAAGAAGAAGAAAAAGAAAAAAGGUACAUUUCGAAGCCCACACUCCCUCUAAGAGUCUUAAAUUCCAAUCAUUCUUGAUCACUUCAGCAAUCCGCUUCAAGCUUCAAUCGCGACACCCCAAUGUGUUGCAGUGGGCCACAAUGGAAACGAGAAGAGGUGCCAGAUCACAAAUGGGACUUUGUCGACGUUCGAGAGUUUCAUACUUCGGGUCUUAUGAGUUAUUUUCAGUAUUCCUUCCUAUACGUCCUAGUCAUCAAAUCAGUUUUGGUUUAUGCCUCGGAUAUCUAUACGAUGGUGCUUUUACUCGCUUCAAAUCAUUGGGCAGGUUCGAUCUUAGAGAGCUCAGCCGGACGUAGCGCAAUGAACGUACCCUUCAAAGUCGGAAAGUGGAUCUUCUUUGGUUGUAUCAUCUUCUCGUUCCUCUUGCUCUUUUGGGAAGCGAAGAAGAGUAGGGCAAUCAUCAAAAGUCGUGAUAUUAGUUAUGCUUUCACCAACGUCAUGGCUAAUAACUACUAUUCCAUGAAAUCCUACGAUCAUUUUUGCUUUUUCUCCCAGAUUAACAAUUCCAAAAAGAAAAAGGACGACUUUGCAUUCUUUGUCUUCUUCACUUUCAAGGGGUGGAAGAGACUAUUAUUGGCCGAUGCACCUCGACAAGUAAUCAAUGGAAUCACUCUUUACUCCUUCGCCAGGUCCGUUAAUUUUACGACUGAUAUCUCGAAGUGGUAUGAGGGAAGCUUCGCCAAGGCUUCUGUCCUGCUCUCCAUGGCCUUUACCGUCACCAUUUGGGUUGGCUCCUUCUUACUCCUUGUGGCUGCCGCCUUGUUGUAUGUUCCUCUUUUGUGCUAUAUACAAGGCAACUUGAAAGAAUACUGCUGUCACAAGGUAGACAAACGAAUCGCUGAAUUAAUGAAGCGCAAACACCGAAAGCGACUGGCGAAGGAAGCUGCCCUCAUGCGCAAAGAAGCCAUGGGUGAUUAUUCUCAUCUCAAGGACAAGAAGGGACAAUUUAAAGCUGCCCCGCUUCCUCAGCCAACGCUGCCUCAAAUCGGACUUCACGAGCUGAUUAGUGAUACCAAGAGCGAAAGAACGGGGACUGCCAACAGCAUCAGAACCGUCUCACGUGCCGCUCAACACCCCUAUCCAUCAUCACUCAAUCAUCAUUAUCCCGCCAGCAACCCUGGUGGCGGUCUAGGCAUGGCCUACAACGUCGUCAAUCGGUGGCCAAGCGAGCAAGAAUAUAGUGAGAAAGUAGGGUAUGCUGAGAGCAUUGCAUCGACUGGUCGCUUCGUUGCUCAUCAAGCCCCUACGGCCGGUAGUGUGUAUGGUCAUAAUGGCCAGAUCCAUGGAGCGCGCACCCAUCCAUACGGUCUACAUCCUUUGGCCCACCAAUUGCCAUCCGACACCCAUUCCUCGCUGAACCAUGCGCCGUCGUAUUCAAGUGAAGAACAGCAGUAUUAUACCAACGACAGACACGCUGUUACUCGCAGAUCAAUUGCUAUUACCAGUGAUUAUGGGGGUUAUGGCAGUGAAUAUGGCGGUUACGCUCAUGAACCGCCACUACCUACUGGCCAGUACCACAGCGAGGCACCAUACACCGAGUUCGAUUUUGGAUCUCUGCCGAAUCAUCUCGAAUCCGCUUACAAUCCACCCAUCCAGCAUGAGCAUCGUUUCGACUAUCCUGAAGAAGGGCCCCCACUGGUCGAUAGGGAGAUCAUGGAGCUUUACGGUACUGGGGCGCUGGAACGGUUCGAUCAAGCCUCCGAAGCUGCCACGUCGAUACCUCCAGGCCGUUAUCCUCAGCAUACUAACCAUCCUUAUUCCCGAUCGUGACCUUAGGAGCAAUCUCAUCUGUCCACAUCAAACCCCCAGCAUACCAAUCAUUCUUCUCUCCAAGUUUAAACAUUUGGGUGAUCAUCCUCUUCGAUCAAAAUCUCACUACUUGACCUUGUUACCGUGACUCAUUUUUUCCCUUUCUGAUAUAAAUAUAAAGAUGCAUGUAUGGAAAAGCUAAUGUGAACAUUCAAUCAACUAUUUUAUUACUUAUUCAUUCCUUUGACUUGUCCCUUUUAACACAUCCAUUUAAUUUACUUCAUCAAAUUUCUCCCAAGGACAUUACCUGCUAUCUCUCACCGGAUAUCCUUCCCCAUCUUCAUAUUUGAUUUCAAGUAC